AGGAGACCGGCUGGGUGGAGAAGGGAGAGACACAAGGCAGCUCCCCCCGCCCCAUGGGGUAGGAGGGGGGGGGCUGCCCCUCCCAGCAGCCAUCUGGGAAUUUUUUUCCUGAACUGGUCAAACAAGUAUUGGGGGGUGGCUGGGCAGGGAUCUAACCCCUCACCGCUCAGAAGUCUGGGUGACCAGAUGUCCUGAUUUUAUAGGGACAGUCCCGAUUUUGGGGUCUUUUUCUUAUAUAGGCGCCUAUUACCCCCCACCCCCUGUCCCGAUUUUUUACAUUUGCUAUCUGGUCACCCUACCUACCUGCACUUCCUGCAGCGCUUGUCCCGGUUCCCGUGGCGGACGGCUCCAUUGAGAGGGACGCAAUUCAGUCGGGCGCGGUGUACGAACCGCCAGUCGGUAAAUCGGGUGACGUUACCCGCGGGGAGAAAGUGGUUGCUGGAGUCCCACUUGCUGGUCACCUCAAAGGCCUUACCCUGGAUACAGCUCUGGAGUUGAGCUCCGUGGACCAGAAGCUGCUGCCUCCUCCAUUUUGACCUGGGAACCCAAACUGAGAAGCUGCUUCUUACCCAGCAGAGGAGAGACCUUUGUUAAAGCCCCUCGGUGCCCAGCUCGGGUGGGGACUUUCUCCGGUGCCUGGAACCUGCCCCUGGGGCAGCCCCAGGCUCUGCGGACACCAGGUCCUGAACUGGAGCCCGCAGGCUGAAGAAUCACAUCCAGAUUUCGCUCCAGAUCGUCCCAUCUUCCAGGAGACAGGGAAGGGAAAUGGCUGUGAUGGAGCCAGCUCAGAUGCCGGUGACCUUUGAGGAGGUGGCUGUGUAUUUCACCCAGGGGCAGGGGGCUCUGCUGGACCCCGCUCAGAGAGCCCUCUACAGGGACGUCAUGCAGGAGAAUUACGAGACAGUGACCUCGUUGGGAUUUCCCAUUCCCAAACCUGAGCUGAUCUCCCGCCUGGAACAAGGGGAAGAGCCGUGGGUACCCAAUCUCCAGGCCUGUGAGGAAAGAGAGAUCCCGAGAGGCACCCACACAGGUGCUGAGAUAGUCAGUGAGAAGGAGAAAGGGAAUCACCAUGAGGAAGAUCCUGGGGAUGUGGAACCACAGCACACAUUUGUGGGAAGAGCUGAAGGGAAUUUUUCCCAGUGCUGGGAACAGGGAGAAUCCUGUGGAAAUUGGCAGAGGUCAGAGAGGCUGAUGGGAAACCACCCAGGGAAGAAAGUGGAUGAAUCUAUUAACUGUGGGGGCGGAGACAAGGAUCCCACAGCCCAGCAGACAAAUCCCAAGCAAGAGAAACCCUACCACUGCCUCCAGUGUGGGAAAGGAUUCAUUGUGAGACCACACCUUGUUACAAAUCAGACAAUCCGUACAGGAGAGAAACCCCUUCAAUACUUGGCUCCUGGGAAAAUCUUCAAUAUCUGCUCAGACUUUAAUAACCAUGGGAAAAGCCACAUAGGAGAGAAAUCCUAUCAAUACCUCAAGUGCGGGAACUGUUUGAAUUCAGCACUAAUUACACAUCAGAUAAACCACACAGGAGAGAGAUCCCUUAAGUGCUUAGACUGUGGAAAAAGUUUCAUACGGAGGUCAGACCUUGUUAAUCAUCAGGCAAUCCACACAGGAAACAGACCCCAUAAGUGCUUAGACUGUGGAAAGAGUUUCACGCAGCGAUCAUAUCUUGUAAUACAUCAGAGGAUCCACACAGGAGAGAGACCCCAUAAGUGCUUAGACUGUGGGAAAAGUUACAUACAGAGUUCAGACCUUGCUAAACAUCAGGCAGUCCACACUGGAGAGAGACCCCAUAAGUGCUUAGACUGUGGGAAAAGUUACAUAUGGAGGUCAGAGCUUGUUAGACAUCAGGCAAUCCACACAGGAGAGAGACCCCAUAAGUGCUUAGACUGUGGAAAGAGUUUCACACAGCGAUCAUAUCUUUUAACACAUCAGAGGAUCCAUACAGGAGAGAGACCCCAUAAGUGCUUGGAUUGUGGGAAAAGUUUCAUAUGGAGGUCAGAGCUUGUUAAACAUCAGGCAAUCCACACAGGAGAGAGACCCCAUAAGUGCUUAGAUUGUGGGAAAAGUUACACACGGCGAUCAGACCUUGUUAGGCAUCAGGCAUUCCACACAGGAGAGAGACCCCAUAAGUGCUUAGACUGUGGAAAAAGCUUCAUACGGAGGUCAAUCCUUGUUAGACAUCAGGCAAUCCACACAGGAGAGAAAUCCCAUGAAUGUGUGGACUAUGGGAAAGGUUUCAUACAGAGGUCAGACCUUGUUACACGUCAGGCAAUCCACAUAGGAGAGAGACCCCAUAAGUGUUUAGACUGUGGAAGAAGUUUCAGAAACACAUCAGCCCUUGGUAAACAUCAGGCAUUCCACACAGGAGAGAGACCCCAUAAGUGCUUAGACUGUGGGAAAAGUUACAUAAGGAGGUCAGAGCUUGUUAGACAUCAGGCAAUCCACACAGGAGAGAGACCCCAUAAGUGCUUAGACUGUGGAAAGAGUUACACACAGCGAUCAUAUCUUGUAACGCAUCAGAGGAUCCACACAGGAGAGAGACCCCAUAAGUGCUUGGACUGUGGGAAAAGUUUCAUAUGUAGGUCAGACCUUGUUAAACAUCAGGCCACCCACACAGGAGCAAGACCUCAUAAGUGCUUACACUGUGGGAAAAGUUACACACGGCGGUCAGACCUUGUUAGACAUCAGGCAAUCCACACAAGAGAGAAAUCCCAUAAAUAUGUGGACUGUGGGAAAAGUUUAAUACGGAGGUCAGACCUUCUUAAACAUCAGGCAACCCACACAGGAGAGAAAUCCCACAAGUGUUUAGUCUGUGGAAAAGGUUUCAUAUGUAGGUCACACCUUGUUAGACAUGAGAGAAUCCACACAGGAGAGACACCCCACAAGUGAUUGGACCGUGGGGAAAUUCACGCAGAUAUCACACCUCAUUAAAUAUGAGAGAAUCCACACAGGAUCUAAACUUCUCUGACACAGACAGAAAGUGUUAAGGAAAUUGCAUGUAAUUGACCUAGAUUCAACCUUUAGAAACAUGUUAGAAAAUUGUGUCCUCCGAUAAACUAGAGCUUCAAGAGGUAAAUGUGUAUUGUUAAAGACAUGGAAGAAGCUGGUAACUGUAGUAGUCUUUGUUUAGUUGUAUCUUGUUAAAGGUUAACAAUGGAAAUAAACAGUUCCUGUCUAGGGCUGUAUUCUGUGAAUUCAGAGAUUAAAAGGGAAUAUUAACAUUUAGAUAAAACUUGGUUGUAAUAAUGUCAUUGUUUGUCUCCUGAAAAUUUGUGGUAAACUGUCUAUGAACUGCUUUAUGGAGAAUCUCCUCAUGUUAAUCCAUGUAAUUAAUUACCAGUGAUGUUUAGGAAAUAGGUUACUUCAAAAGCCUGUUGUUCAGCCAAGGACUGUGAGCUGUCGAGACGCUGCAAAAAUGAUCCGUUCUUCUCUGAUCUGCCGAAGCAUUAUUCGGGGCGGGGGGGGGGAGGGCAGUGUGAGUCGGAAGACGGAGAUCUCCAGUCCCAUCUGGACCGCCCUGACAUUGAAAUUGGGCAUUGGACUAGAAUGUGAUGAAAUGAUUCUGUAAAGGACUCUUUGCAAUUCUAAAGCAUCAUCUCUACAGUGAAACUGACCUAAGGACUCUGCCAGUCUGUAUGUAUAAUGAUCGUUCAACCAACUCUCUCCCU